GUUUAAGUUACGCAUUCGCGCGGUGCCAUAACCUCUCGCUCUAUUUUCCUUCGCUCAUUUUUGGCGAUUCUCACGCGAGUAGCGGGGACGGGACGGGACGGGAGUUUAUGAGAAUUCGCGACGGCUUCGGAGAACCAUGCGACUCGUGACAGCGAUAAAUGCCAAGCUGCCGCUGAUUUUGAGGCAGCGCGGCGUGAUCGCGCGCUCCUUCCGCGGCGACCGGUCGGCUGCCUCGGAUCGCCACACACCGUCGCCGAUUUGCGUCAGACCGCGGCUAACGCGGAUAGAAUACCCCGGUCACAGGUCGGGAUUGCUGAGGAUCGCCCGGGUUCACCCCGCGAUCACAUCGGUGAGAUUUUUCACGGCGAAAAAGUACUCCGAUCGUGACCCCCCGAGUGAUGGCAAUGGAGAACAAUCUGGAGAUUAUCCCGCCUCUCUGCCUGCAACCGUAGUGGUACCUGAGGUAUGGCCUCACGUACCGGUCAUUGCAAUCAACAGAAAUCCAGUGUUUCCCAGGUUCAUUAAGCUAAUUGAGAUUAGCAAUCCAGUUCUGAUAGAUUUAAUACGUAGAAAGAUAAAGCUAAAUCAGCCUUACGUGGGAGUCUUCUUGAAGAAAUCCGAAGAGAAUGAAGCUGAUGUCGUUCAAAGCUUGGAUGAAAUUUAUCCGAUUGGAACUUUUGCCCAAGUACAUGAGGUACAGGACCUGGGAAACCGAUUAAGAUUGGUGAUUAUGGCACACAGAAGAAUCAAGAUUGUUAACCAAAUUUUUGAGGACGCCACUCCAAAGGUGGAACACGAGAUGAAACUGACGUUUCCACUAUUAAAUACCACAAUUACCGUCCCUGUAGACGACACGAUAACCAGUGGCAAGGUAAACCGGAGAUCUUUGCGUAAAAAGGCAGAGAAUCGAGUUACUGACCGAACUGAGAGAACAGAAAAGGUCGGUGAAGCGGGCUCUACGGAAAUAAAGCUGCCGAUAGAUUCACCCGAGAAGAGUACAGAGAAACCAUUGGAUUCAUCAAUCCCCCCGUCUGGUAGUCAACCUGUACUAAUGGUGGAAGUUGUAAAUGUCACACAUGAAAAGUUUAAGCAAAAUGAGGAGAUCAAGGCAUUGACGCAAGAACUCAUCAAAACAAUCCGAGACAUAAUUAGCAUGAAUCCUUUGUAUCGCGAAUCUCUGCAACAAAUGCUGCAUCAGGGACAAAGAGUUGUGGAUAACCCGGUUUACCUCAGUGAUUUAGGUGCUGCCUUAACUGGAGCGGACGCACAGGAAUUGCAGCAAGUUUUAGAAGAAAUGGACAUUCUAAAAAGACUGAGGUUGUCGCUUGCGCUUUUGAAAAAAGAAUACGAAUUGAGUAAGCUGCAGCAAAAAAUUGGCAGAGAGGUUGAGGAGAAAGUAAAACAACAACAUAGAAAAUAUAUUCUUCACGAACAAUUGAAAGUUAUUAAGAAAGAGUUAGGGCUGGAAAAGGAUGACAAAGAUGCGAUAGAAGAAAAGUACAGGGAAAGAAUAAGACAAAAGACAGUUCCUAAACCAGUCAUGGAUGUUUUGGAAGAGGAAUUGAAUAAACUUUCCUUUUUAGAAAGUCAUAGUAGCGAAUUCAAUGUUACGAGAAAUUAUCUCGACUGGCUUACGUCUAUGCCAUGGGGUGUGACAAGUACAGAGACUCUAAAUCUUCAAGAUGCCGUCAAAAUUUUGGAUGAGGACCACUACGGAAUGGACGAUAUAAAAAAAAGAAUACUUGAAUUUAUUGCUGUUAGUCAACUGAAAGGCAGUACACAAGGAAAAAUAUUGUGUUUCUAUGGGCCACCUGGGGUCGGCAAGACCUCAAUAGCUAAAUCGAUCUCUCGCGCUUUGAACAGAGAAUAUUUUAGGUUUAGCGUCGGUGGAAUGACAGACGUAGCUGAGAUUAAAGGGCACAGGAGAACGUAUGUGGGAGCAAUGCCAGGCAAAGUCAUUCAGUGCUUGAAAAAGACCAAAACUGAGAAUCCGUUGAUUCUGAUAGAUGAAAUUGACAAAAUCGGCAAGGGACACCAAGGAGAUCCAGCGUCUGCUCUUCUCGAAAUGCUGGAUCCAGAACAGAAUGCAAACUUCCUGGACCACUAUUUAGAUGUUCCAGUAGAUUUAUCGAAAGUACUAUUCAUUUGCACGGCAAAUGUAAUAGACACUAUUCCGGAACCACUAAGAGAUCGUAUGGAGAUGAUAGACAUGUCCGGUUACGUUGCCGAAGAAAAGCUCGCCAUCGCGAAACAGUACUUGGUUCCACAAGCUAGAACCGAGUCUGGUCUCAGCAAGGAACAAAUCAACAUACAAGACAAUGCGCUCACAACGUUAAUCAAAUCUUAUUGCCGAGAAUCCGGGGUGAGAAGUCUGCAGAAACAUAUAGAGAAGGUGCACAGGAAAGUGGCGUUCAAAGUUGUCAAGAAGGAAGCCGACAAAGUUGACGUCACCGUGGAUAACUUACAGGAUUUUGUGGGCAAGCCUGUAUUCACGCACGACAGGAUGUACGAAAUUACGCCUCCUGGCGUUGUGAUGGGACUGGCGUGGACCGCCAUGGGCGGUUCCACGCUAUUCAUCGAAAGUACCAUCAGAAAACCGACCGGUGGCAAAAAAUCCGAGGGUACUUUCGAGGUCACCGGUCAUCUGGGUGACGUGAUGAAAGAGUCCAUACAUAUCGCGAUGACUGUGGCAAGGAAUUACCUGAAACGGGAGGAUUCAUCGAAUACAUUUCUGUACGAUUCCCACCUGCAUAUACACGUGCCCGAAGGAGCGACCCCGAAAGACGGACCUAGCGCAGGUGUGACGAUCGCUACCGCGUUGUUGUCCCUAGCUAAAAAUCAAGCCAUCAGGCAAGACGUAGCAAUGACGGGCGAAUUGAGUCUCAUGGGCAAGGUACUUCCUGUCGGCGGUAUUAAAGAGAAAGUUAUUGCAGCGAAGCGAGUUGAUGUUAAAUGCAUAAUUUUGCCCGAUGAGAACAAGAAAGAUUUCAACGAUCUACCUAAAUAUAUUACAGACGGUCUAGAAGUGCAUUUUGCUUCGACGUACGAUGACGUUUAUCGCAUAUGUUUCGCGAUAACCGACUCUCUUCGAUCCGCUAAACCAAUCACUGAUCAUGUCUCGUCCGCACAGCCAACAUUCGCGUAAAAUAAUAUACAAAGUGGAUGAUUCCGAAAUGGAUACAGAUAUGUUUGUAUAAAUUUUCUUUACCAUGAUCAAUACUAUCGUUAUUGAUCUGCUGUAUCACUUUAUUAUACAAAUAGUAUGUACUAAAUGCAAGAAUAUUUUACUGACAAAAUA